UUUUUGAUAGAUGGUUUGGCUGCCUUCAGAGCUUUCUUGAAGUCUGAGUUUAGUGAGGAAAACAUUGAGUUCUGGCUUGCCUGUGAGGACUACAAGAAUACCAAGUCAUCUGCAAAGCUGUCAUCCAAGGCAAAGAACAUUUAUGAAGAAUAUUUUGAAAAUGAUGCACCAAAAGAGGUCAAUAUUGAUCACGAAACAAGAAAGAUUACGAAGAAUAACCUUCUACACCCCUCACUUUCAUGCUUCGACCUAGCACAGAAUAAAAUCUAUACUCUCAUGGAGAAAGACUCUUACUCGAGAUUUCUAAAAUCAUCUACCUACCAGGAGCUGACAAAGAAGCCCAUGUGUAGCUGCAUCCAGCAACAGAACUCCAGCCAGAAUUCCCACACAUGAACACAUCCAAUGAUAUAACAACUGGGAAACAACAGGAUUGCAGGAAAAGAGCUUCGUCGAUACAGUGUGGAGGCAAGCAUGAAGAAGUCACAUGGACAAGAGCUCCAAAAGAGCUAGGUUAGAUACAACCAUAUCUAUCAGACGCCCGCCCAGCCUUCAGGCCAGAUAAACUUGUUUUAUAGAAUAAAGUUUAUGAGUGGAACUGUGGGAGAUGACGCAGAGAAAGUAACUUUCUAAAGUAGUCACUUUUUUGCUCUAGACAUUUUAUUGUACUAUAUUGAGCUACUUUGACUAUGUAAUGCAAAUGUCAUAGGAAAUUUGACAUUUGACAUAAUUUGACAUAAGUACUGUGACACUUACUAAAAAUGUUUUAACCACACCCUAUUGCUGGUGUAAGAAUAUAUUUUAAGCAACUAUUUAAUUUUAAGCUCUAACUUAUAAUUUAUACUAUUUAAAAUGCUGUCUAAGGUGUCCUGUGAAACUAAAAUGCAAUUCUGACGAACUUUAUUUAAAUGAAACAAAAGGCAUUUCAAUAAAAAUAUAUAUUCUAUA